AUGCAGGAUAUCAAUCCAUCCACUAAAAAACCACCACCACCACUGUCAUCACAACCCUCAUCAUCACCACCGCCACCACCAUCACAACAACAACAACAACAACAAUCGCCGUCGUCGUCGUCGCCACCACCACUACCAUCGUCAUCACCACGACAACCACCACCACCAACAGUGACAGUGACAGAAGCGGUAGUAGAGGUACGGGAUGACGGUAAAGAUACAGAGGCCCACGAUGGCGAAGAAGAUGAAGAGGAGGAUGACGAGGAUGACGAAGAAGACGAAGAAGAAUACGAAACGGCACUUGUGAACGAAGCAGAACGACAGUUAUUAAACCGAGCGAUUCCCAAGAUCAAGAGCGAGACAGAGGAAGGUGAGCGAUUACUGAAUGAAGAAGCGCUAAAAGUCAAUGGAGCAAUUGAUGCCAAAGAAGGCAUUCUUGAUUCCUUUGGUCGUGUGAAAAUCCUCGCAGGAUUCAAACCCGAGAAAAAGGAGAGUCCGGCCAUGAUUGAGGAAAGAACGGGUUUGAUUCAAGUUCGCGUGGUAGAAAACGAUGGAAGUCGAGAAAGUAUGAUUCUAUUGACUGGAUUAAAGAACAUUUUUCAAAAACAAUUACCAAAAAUGCCAAAGGAGUAUAUUGCAAGGCUGGUCUAUGAUCGUAACCAUAAAAGUAUGGCCCUCAUUCGAAAUCCAAUGAAGGUCAUUGGUGGCAUUUGUUAUAGACCCUUUGACCCACAAGAGUUUGCUGAAAUCGUGUUUUGUGCAAUUGCUUCUACCGAACAAGUGAAAGGUUAUGGUUCCUUCCUAAUGAACCAUCUCAAGGAUUACGUGUCCACUCAUACCAACAUGAAGCAUUACUUGACCUAUGCCGAUAAUUAUGCUACGGGAUAUUUUAAAAAGCAGGGCUUCACCACAGAUAUCACAUUGGAUAAAAGGAAAUGGGUAGGUUAUAUCAAGGAUUACGAAGGUGGAACCAUUAUGCAGUGCACAACCGUUCCCAAAGUCAAAUACCUUCAUGUGCACGAUAUUCUAUCUGUGCAGCGUAAGGCAGUUUAUGAAAAGAUGAAGGAGUAUUCUACCUCCCAUAUUGUAUACCCAGGCUUAAAAAUGCCAGUCAAUGAACACGGCAAACGAGCCAUUGAUCCAUUCGACGCACCGGGAGUCAGAGAAUCCGGCUGGACACCCGAGAUGGAUGCCCUAUCAAAUCGACCUCGUCAUCCACCUCAUUAUAACCAAAUGCGCCAUCUAGUGAGUGAGUUGAGAGCGCAUGCUCAUUCAUGGCCGUUUCAUGAAGCGGUGAACGCGGAUGAAGUGACGGAUUACUACGAUGUGAUCAAGUCGCCCAUGGACUUGACGACGUUGGAUCAAAAUGUGGAAACGGAUGUGUAUCAAACGAUGGAUGAUUUUAUACGAGAUGUCCAAAAGAUUUUUGAUAAUUGUCGAGUCUAUAAUGCCGAAGCUACCAAUUAUGCUCGUUGUGCAAAUCGACUGGAAAGAUAUUUCAAAGAACGACUUCGUGUAUGGACAAAUGGAGAUGAAAAGGAAGACUCGUAA